AUGGCACUCGAUGAAACCAUUGAAAACAGCGAAGAAAAACUACUGGAAUGCAUAAAUUACCAGACUGACUUGCAAAAAGAAAUAUCCACUGUCUUACGUGUUCCUGACAAAAGUGUAGCGUGUUUUGCAUUGAGAAAAGUUGGUUGUCCAUGUAAACGAAUAGAUUUUGAAACCUGUGAGUUGUCAAAACUUUUGGAAGCAAGAAUAAAAAUGUAUUCAAGCUGCUAUUAUAAAAUUACUCAACAAUGUACCAUGAGUUACGUGGACAACUCUGAAGAAAAGAAAAAAAGGUUCAGAUUCGCUCCCAAAAAAGCCAGCCAAUCAAAGUCCUGGAAUCUACAUUGCGGUCAAGUCUGUUUUAUUCCUCAUUCAGUAACUGACCAAGUGUUAAGCAAAAUAAAUAAAAAAGCAUGUGUUGCUCAUGAAAGUAGUAGUGAAGUGAAGUUAUGA